GAAAAAGCAGAAAGAUACAUAAAUAGAAUUUUGCUGUCUAACGGCUUUGCAAGUUUCUCAUUCUAACUGAUUGAUCGCCCAAGAUAGACCAAACCAAUUUCUUUACGAAAGUUUUAAUAAAAAAUGAAUAAGCUUUGCUUGAUACUGCUUGUUGCAAUUAAUAUUUCCUCGGCUUUUGCUGGCCCAGGUACUGUCGGCUUGAAAGCCCUUUUCGAUAUCAGAAUUGGAGAUGAAUAUGUUGGGAGGAUAGUCUUCGGCUUAAUGAAUGAGACUUGCCCUCUGACGGUAGCCAACUUUGCAGCCCUCUGUGACGGCAAGUUACCGGGUGGAGUGGGUUAUAUGAACUCCACCUUUCACAGAGUCAUCAAGAAUUUCAUGAUACAGGGUGGAGAUGUUGUCAAUGGCAAUGGUUACGGAGUAAAGAGCAUCUACAACAACGGGUCAAACUUUAAUGAUGAGAACUUCAUUCUCAAAAAUUACAUCGGCUGGCUCGGGAUGGCUAACGCCGGGCCAAACACGAACGGCUGUCAGAUCUAUAUUAACACGGUUCUCACACCCUGGCUGGACAACAAGCACGUCGUUUUUGGCAAAGUGCUUUCAGGUUGGGACGUAGUGAAGCAGAUCGAAAACAAUCCGAUCGAUUCCAACGAUCGGCCAAUAAAACCAGUGGUCAUCUCAUACUCUGCCACAUUCCCCGUCGACAAACCUUUCGACGUUCCAUUGGCUUCUAUUUAAUUUCCUUCAAAUAAUAUGCAUCGACAAAAAUUUGAAGUAUUUAUUGGAUGAGUCAAAGUUGAAAUUUCAUUAUGCUUUUCAUUUAUGUUGAAACUAUGUAAUUGUAAAUUUUCAAAAAAAAUUUUAUAUAACAAUUUAUUAUUC